AGACCUUUCUUUUAAUCAACUGUCUGGUACAGUUCCCCCUGCAUUUGCCACCAGCAUCCAGUUAAUAUUCCUCCAAUACAAUGCCUUCAGUGGGCCCAUCCCACCACACCUGCUGGCACUGCCCAACCUCUCUCAGCUGGAACUAUCCAACAAUCAUUUCACAGGAGCUAUCCCCAGCCACUUCACUCGCCUCACUGAGAUGGCUGGUUUAGACAUUUCUUCCAACAGUCUCAGCUCAGGCCUUAACGUGGUGGCUCAGAUGACAUGGCUCGACGAUAUAUUGAUCAAUAACAACGACUUCUCUGGUGCGCUUCCCGCGUCAUUCACAUCAAUCAGUAACCUCAAAACACUGAAUGUUGGAAACAACCAUUUCACUGGAACCUUCCCGGAUUUUAUUAUGCGCCAGCCGGACCUUUUUUACCUGAACUUGGCCAACAACAGUUUCACAGGGACUAUCCCCCGCGAAUUGACCAAGCUUAUUUACCUGGGCGAGAUAUAUCUUGAUAGCAACAAUUUCCAUGGAACUAUCCCAUCCGGCCUGCUUCGGCUACCCAGUUUGAACUCGCUGAGUGUAUUUAACAACUCUCUUUCUGGGGAACUCCCACGGACUCUCAGGGUCACAAGUACUCUUAACAGGCUUGACCUGGGAGGAAAUGACUUCACGGGCUCCUUACCAGACUUCUCACACUGGAACGUCAGCUGUGGAGACAUAAAUCUCAGCGGCAACAACUUCACAGGGUCGAUUCCCGACUCCAUCUCCACCCUCACCACACUCUUUGGCAUUUUUCUCAACAACAACCAGCUAACUGGCACCAUCCCUUCAGCCAUCUUCAACAUGAGGAAUCUGACAUACCUCUACUUGGCCAACAACAAUCUGACUGGCAGUCUGCCAGCUGCCAUCAGCCAACUAAAGAACCUUGAACAGAUCUGGUUGGACAACAACAAGAUUGAGGGCCCUCUGCUGACUAGCAUGUGCUCGCUGCCCUGGCUGUGGCGCGUCUUGAUCAGCAACAACUCCCUCUAUGGACCCCUGCCAGACUGCCUCUUUGACAAGUGUAUCACACAAAUUGAUGUGAGCGGCAACAGCCUGUAUGGGCGCAUCAACCGCGAUUUCCAGAACAUAGGGGCAGAUGACAAAGCCCUCGUCAACUUGGCUCGCAACUUCUUCUUCGGAGAUGGGGUGCUCUUUGCUGCCGGCUGCAAGGUCUGCCCCACUGAGAUCAACGAGCCCAACAACCUGGGCUUAAGGGACACCUUUGCAUGGGAAGAGUUUGGUGGCAAGUGCAGCAGAAAUGCUCUAAAUUUCCUCGUGGAUGAGUCGGGCAGGAAGGCGAGGGUGAGUCUGUCGGGCAACUGCCUGACCCUCACCCCAAACAACCAGUGCUCAUCCAACGCCACCCAGCGCAGCACGGCAGCCUGCCAGGCGUUCUGCAGCAUCACGGACAACGGCCCGUGUGACGGCCAUGGGGCCUGUGUGCCAGUUGACCCUGCCUCCCCCACCAACUUCACCUGCCUCUGUGAUGCCGGCUACUCCACUCUCGACUCGGGCAACGGCUCCUCCACAUGUGCCAUCGUCCACUCCACCACCACCACCAACACUGUGUCGUCUCUGUCCACGGGUGCCAUAGUAGGCAUUGUUGUGGGCUGCUUUGCUGGCUUCACGCUGCUGGCUGCGGUGCUCGCAUGGCUGCUGCGGCCCCGCGGACCAAAGAAGUGGGAGGGUUUGGACGUGUGUGAGCAGUUCUCGCUGCAGCAGAUGCUGAGUGCCACCAACAACUGGUCGGAAGACAAUGUGCUGGGAAAGGGCGGCUUUGGCGUUGUCUACAAAGGCCGCUCGCCACAAGGCCAGCUGUGGGCCAUCAAGCGAUCCACCAUCAUGACCAACGACUUUGAAACGGAG